AGCAGCUUUCUUUGUGACGAUUUCUUCAACACCCACCUUUUCGGCGCAAACACAUCAGCAAUGGCGCCUCCCACACAAAAGCCGAAAGCCGGCUCAAAGAAGCCCAGCUCCAAAGCCAACCAGGCCGCCAAAGCCACUCUCAAAGGCGUUCAAAGCCAGAAGGCCCGCAAGAUCCGCAAAUCCACCACCUUCCACCGGCCCAAGACGCUCGUUCUGUCCCGCGCUCCCAAAUACCCACGCAAAUCCAUCCCUCAUGAGACCAGACUCGAUGCCCACAAAGUCAUCAUCCACCCCUUGAACACCGAGUCGGCAAUGAAGAAGAUUGAGGAGAACAACACCCUGGUAUUCAUCGUCGACACCAAGGCCAACAAGCGACAGAUCAAGGAUGCUUUGAAGAAGCUGUACGACGUUGAGACCGUCAAAAUCAACACCCUGAUCCGACCGGACGGAACCAAGAAGGCCUUUGCUAGAUUAACGACGGAUGUGGAUGCUUUGGACAUUGCUGCUACCAAGUUGUCGAUCGUGUAAAGGGUUGUCGAUUGGUGGGAUUUGACGGCGGAGAUCUUGCGAGCGUGGUUGUGGUUGCGGACGCUAUGCUUCGCAUGGGCUUUCGAAUUUGGACGAUGAAUAUCGCUGAGCUUUGACGAUUAUGGCAACAAAAAUGCUGUCUUCCGUCAAAGUCAAAUCCCUGAUGCAAUGUGUGGAGGGGCUCGAUGCGUCGUCGCGAAUGUCCCGUCUCGUCGAUAGAAGUUUAUCAGGGCAGAGCACGGAGUCAAGACAAUGCCUUCAAUGAAGCAAAAACAGAUAUUACUCAACUUGUCCUCUUGCCAUCCGUUUCAUGCAGCUCGCACCGUUACAAGAUCGUUCGCGUGGAUACCCACAAACUUGCCUUAUCGAAUCCAGG